AAGUGGCAGGGUCAGGAUUUGAACCCGUCUUCCUGACUCCAACAUCCACGCUCUUUCAUUUAAUCAUUCCACCUUCAGGCUAUGGCCUCCAGGGCUGUCCCUGACCUGAGGAACCAUGUGAUCUAAUUGGGGAAACAGGGCAGAAAGGGUGAAGGACUCCUGUGAGUGGAAGCAGAGUGCUCCCAGCCGAGCAAUGGGAGGACACGGGCCUUCCCAAGCCCCGUUUGCUGUCCUUUUUGCAGGUGAGCCCUUAUGCUGCCUACCUGCAUGACGCCAUCCUGCUCUACGCUCAGACCGUGAAGGAGAUGAUCAGGGCAGGAAGCGAUUUCCGGGAUGGGCGGCAGCUGGUCCGCGCGAUGAGAGCUUCCAGCCAGACGGCACUGCAGGGAAUCACUGGCCCCGUGUCUGUCGACUCCCAGGGAGAAAGGCACAUGGAUUAUUUGGUCUAUGCCCUACAGAAAUCUGGAAAUGGGCCUGCUUUUCUUCCCUUUCUUCAUUAUGACAGUGAUCAGAAAGAAGUCAGGCCCGUGGGGAAUUCCUCCAAUAUUACUUGGACCCAAGUAAUAAUAAAUAGACCUGGCUGUGGGUUCUACAAUGAGCUCUGUGAAACCAAGCCUGCUUUUACAGGUGUGACUGCUGUGAUUCUCACGCUGACGCUCCUGAUUACCAUCGUGGUUGCUGCCAGUGUAGGUGUGAUUUUAAGGAUGCAGAAGGGAAAACUGCAGAGGCAAAAUAAAGACUUCUGGUGGCAAAUCAAUUAUGAGGACAUCACCAUUCUGCCCCAGAAUAAGCCAUCACAGAGAGGCUUACCUGGGUCGAGGGAGGACAACAGUACUGCAUCGAGUGUGAUGAUUUCUGGGGACCUCAGCUCCUUUGUCAAGAGCCAGUCAGGGGAAGAGCUCUUUUUUGCCUCACUGGGGCUUUACCAGGGAAACCAAGUGGCCAUUCGCUAUGUUGGUGACCGAGCAGAAGCCAGGGUUAGGAAGCUGUCUGUUCUGCAGGAAAUCCGGCUGAUGUGUGAAUUAAGGCAUGAAAACAUUGUUCCUUUCUUUGGUAUUUGCACAGAACCUCCCAUCUGCAUUGUCACCCAGUAUUGCAAAAAAGGAAGUCUUAAGGAUGUCUUGAGAAACUCAGAUAUUGAAAUGGACUGGAUAUUCAAACUCUCAUUUGCAUAUGACAUAGUCAAUGGCAUGCUGUACCUCCACAGGAGCCCCCUGGGGUCCCAUGGAAACCUGAAGCCUUCCACAUGCUUGGUGGAUGGUCGGAUGCAGGUGAAGCUGUCAGGGUUUGGGCUGUGGGAACUCAAGUAUGGACAGACGUAUAGAACAUAUAAUGAGAGGACGACGGACUACUCAGAGCUCUACUGGACGGCCCCAGAGCUGUUGCGGCUCUCAGAGGCACCCCUGUCAGGCACCCCAAAAGGGGACGUCUACAGCUUUGCUAUUGUGAUGAGGGAGCUGAUCCACCACCAGGACCAUGGGCCCUUCAGCCUCAAUGAGGGACCCGAAGAAAUCAUCAACCGAAUCAAAGACCCCAUGGCAACAGUUCCACUGAGACCUUCCUUGUCAGAGGAGAAGGGCAAUGAAAAGAUUGUGAUCAUGGUGAAGUCAUGUUGGGAUGAAUCUCCUGAGAAAAGGCCCACUUUCUCUUCCAUCAGGAAAAUUUUACAAGAAGUCAGCCCCAAAGGCCACGUGAGCAUCCUCGACAGUAUGGUGAACAAGCUGGAGGUGUACGCCAAUCACCUGGAGGAGGUGGUGGAGGAGCGGACAGACCAGCUGAUGGCGGAGAAGAGGAAGGUGGACAAGCUGCUGUCCACGAUGCUGCCCAGCUUCAUUGGAGAACAGCUUCUAGCUGGAAGAUCCGUGGAACCAGAACAUUUUGAGUCUGUGACCAUCUUUUUCUCUGACAUUGUUGGAUUCACACAAUUGUGUUCUCUCAGCUCCCCUUUGCAAGUCGUAAAGCUCCUCAAUGACCUGUACAGUUUAUUCGAUAAUAUCAUUAAAGUUUACGAUGUGUAUAAGGUUGAAACCAUUGGAGAUGCAUACAUGGUGGCUAGCGGGCUUCCUAUCCGCAACGGAACCCAACAUGUAGACGAGAUCGCCACCAUGUCCUUGCACUUCCUCAGUGCCACCAUCCACUUCCAGAUUGGACACAUGCCUGAGGAGAAGCUCAGGCUCCGAAUUGGCCUCCACACAGGUCCUGUGGUGGCUGGUGUGGUGGGAAUCACCAUGCCCAGAUACUGUCUGUUUGGAGACACUGUGAACAUGGCAUCCAGAAUGGAAAGCAGCAGUUUGCCUCUCCGGAUUCACGUCUCUCAGACCACUGCAAGCAGGCUUUUGGCAUUGGGAAGGUACCAUCUGCAAAAGAGAGGCACCAUUCCAGUCAAGGGCAAAGGAGAACAGACAACUUUCUGGUUGAAAGGCAAAGACGGCCUCGUUUUUCCACUCCCUGAGUUUCCUGAGGAGGAAGCUAAAGUCCCAGAGCUCUUCUGAGAGGAGGUGACCUUGGGUGGAGGAGCAGCUGCCUGGCUUUCUCCUAUAAGAUGGCACAAAUCCCCAGCAUCACGAUGAGGUGAUAGAGAACAUCUGUGAACCAGAGGGGACAGGGGGUCAGCCCGCUCAGAAACAACUCAAGGACAACUGAAGGACAAAAGAGUCUGCUCAGGGGUUCUUCAAUGCAUUUUAUACAAAGUCAAUUUUGUUAAUCCCUUGAGCUUUCUGUAGCUCACAUCUAUCAGUAGUUGUGACAAUGAACCUAGUUAUGGAAGUCUGACA